GUAAAAAGAGGACAGCGGUGCUCUGUGAACGUCCCGAAGCCUCCAGUCAGUCGCAGCUCCCGGUCCUCUGGUGAACUUCCGCCACAGCGGAGAUUUUUUUUGCCUUUUUUUACUGAAAGGGUCACACAUUGAAGAUGGCGACCAGCUCGGAGCGCAGUCCUCCUCCGUUCCCCGACUCCGAGGACCACGAUGUGCUGGACUCAGAGGAGGUGGGAGGCCGCGACAGCGACGAGGACGACGUCGGGGACGAGCUCUUCACGAGCGCGGUUAACUCUCCACUGACUGAACAUGGCAGCACGCCAUCACCUGCCAGUCAACCCAGCGACGUUUCGAUGAAGCCUCUCCGUGACAUCUUGGAUGAUCCCUUAAUCGAGCCCCUCAGCAGCCAAACGGAAAACAAACCGACGACCGAAGAUGCAAGCGAGCCCUCGGAUGACUUUGGCAACCUUACGAGCAACAUUACUGAUUCUCCCGGAGACACGGCCGCGGACGCAACUGAGAUCCCUUUAGACAAACACGCAGAUGAUUUUGUUGACAUAUUUGGAGUUGAAGCUGAAGCCCCGCGAGGGAAAGUAGUGGUGGCGGACGUUACUAUUGAAACAGCAGCACAUAAGAGGGAAGCGGCCAAUGAUGUCACCGAUCCACCCGGAGACAGGAAAACAGGAAGCAACGAUGAGGAACAGGAAGUAAAAGAAACGUCCACGGAUUCAAUUAUUGACCUCAGCGAUGAUUUGCCAGCCAGUGACUCACAACAGCCGCCACCUGCUAGAGACAGAUUCAUUGACCCACUGGUGAACCUUCUAAGUGAUUCGCCAGCCGCUUCUGAUGCCAAAAUCCCCAGCCGGGCCACAGUCGAUCUGUUCAAAGACGAGGGAAGCGACCUUUUCGCGGAUCCUCGUCAGCAUAAAUCUGCCCAUCAGCCCCAGAAAAGCCUCCUUGACGAACCUGACGAGGAUCUGUUCUGCGAGUCGCUCUGGGCCGCCUCGAAGAAACUCGUCAGCAAGGAGCCGAGGGGAAAGCCAGACGCAACCAAAGCCGCCAGUAACGUUAGCAACACAGGCGGCCCGCUACAGGAGGCCGCUGAUCUCUUCUCUCAGGAAGCCGUCACUGCAGUGCCUGGCAUCAAGAACGCCAGCACGGUCAACUCCAAGACUAACGGGGUCCAUUCUGAGGAGGAAAAGGAAAUAUUUGCCGAAGCUACCGUGGAGCUUUCUCUGGACAGUCCGCGGGACGAGAGACGGAAUGACGUGUCGGCCAGACCGUCUGCGUCCGCCUCCGCCUUGUCAGCAGCUGCCAGCCUGGCCAAGUCCCAGUCUGCUUCCCUGGAAGAGUUGGAUGAAGAAGAGCAGGAAGACAAAUUUGAGAUCUCCAUCUCUGUCAAAGACCCUGAAAAAAUAGGUGAUGGGAUGAACGCCUACAUGGCCUACAAAGUAACCACACAGACCCAGCUGGCCAUGUUCCGCUACAAGACCUUUACAGCGAGGCGACGCUUCAGCGACUUCCUCGGCCUCUACGAGAAGCUGUCUGAAAAGCACGGACCCAAUGGCUUCAUCGUGCCUCCGCCCCCCGAGAAGAGCAUUCUGGGUAUGACGAAGGUGAAGGUGGGAAAGGAAGAUUCCUCAUCUGCAGACUUUGUGGCGAGAAGAAGAGCUGCUCUGGAGAGAUAUCUCCAGAGGGUCGUGAAUCAUCCGUCUCUUCUCCAAGAUCCGGAUGUUAGAGAGUUUCUGGAGAGAGAGGAACUUCCCAGAGCAGUGGGCACACAGGCUCUGAGCGGCGCCGGCUUCCUGAAGAUGAUCAACAAAGCAACAGACGCCGUCAGCAAAAUGACCAUCAAGAUGAACGAGUCGGACGUGUGGUUUGAAGAGAAGCUGCAGGAGGUGGAGUCUGCAGACCAGCAGUUCCGGAAGCUUCACACACUGGUCGAGUCUCUGGUCGUUCACAGGAAAGAGUUGUCGUUGAACACAGCCAGUUUUGCCAAAAGCACGGCCAUGCUGGGCAGCGCAGAGGACAACACCGCCCUGUCCCGAGCUCUCUCCCAGCUGGCAGAGGUGGAGGACAAGAUGGAGCAGUUACACCAGGAGCAGGCUGCUAACGACACUUUCAGCUUCGCCGAACUCAUCGCGGAUUACGUCCGCCUUCUUGGAGCCGUGAGAGGGGUCGUUGAUCACCGGAUGAAGGCGUGGCAGCGCUGGCAGGACACUCAGGCCGCUCUGCAGAAGAAGAAGGAGACGGAGGCCAAACUGCUGUGGGCCAACAAGCCCGACAAACUGCAGCUGGCCAAAGAGAUCGCUGAGUGGGAGGUUAAAGUGACGCAGUACGAGAGAGACUUUGACAAAGUUUCUGCCACUGUGCGCAAGGAAGUGAACCGCUUUGACAAAGAAAAGGCCAAGAACUUCAAAAGAGAGAUAAUUAACUACUUGGAGUGUCAUCUUCAGUCUAAGCAACAGCUCAUAAAGUACUGGGAGGCUUUCUUACUAGAAGCAAAAGCGAUCGCCUGAUUCUCGAGCAGCAGGCUUUCGGAAGACUUAACGGGCGGCCUUUUACUUACACACUUUACCUCUUGCCUUUGAACCAAGGAAAACGCGUGCAUUGUAAAGGGAGAUACAAUCAACCUUUUUUUUUAAUCACUUUUAACAUAUAGCUCUGUACUCUAUUGUAAUACUAAUUGUAUAUUUCCAUUUAACCUUCCACAAAUAUUUUCUUAAAAGAGAAGUUUGCCUAUACAACGAUAUGGACACAGGAGAAUAGAUGAAUGAUUCCAGUAGUUUCCAGGAGAGACGGGAAGCGAGUCCGUCGUUCUCAGGAUGAUGCGAUCGGGAGCUUCUUCACAUCCGCUCGCUCGUCAAAUGUUUCUAGGGAGCCAGAGAAAGAAAGUGGCUGUGAUUCUCACUGUUUUCUAAGAUUCAUGAGCACUUACCAGGUGGAUAAAGUACUUAAGUACCAUGCUUUUUUGUUUUGUCAAGAUUUGAAAUGCUAUUGAUGCUGAUGGGGGGAGGCGCGUCUACAGCUGGGGUCAAGGGUUGCAUUGUAGGUCAGAUGUUGUGAGCUCAAUGUUUCAGAGAUGAUGUCAAUCACAAACUUAUAACCACACAUGUCUGUACCUUCUUCAGUCCGAAUGGUGUUUCUUGGUGUUUUCCCACUUUGGGGCUUGGAAAAUACAAAUAUUUUCCCUUCUCUAUUUUCCUGCUUAAAACUGUGAAAAAAGUAGCAUAUACAAAAAAAGAAAAAAGCAUCCCGUCUCUUGAGUAACUGUUAUCUACAAAAAACAAGCAACGGUGAUUUGAGUGAAACCGACGGCUGACACGUCGAUCAUAUGCAACAUUCCUGAGCAAGUCUCAAGUCUGCAGGUUCCCGCUGUGGAAGUGAAAUGGAUGGAAUGCAAACGCUGCCUGUUGGGUUGUGAAUUAUGCUUUAACGUGUACUUGGCGGUAAUAUGCAUAUAAAAGAUAAUUUCAGUGUAUUGUUGUGUAAUAUGUGUAAUACAGUGUAAAUGCCACCACGCCCAGAACAGUUGGAUUCUUCUUUACAUUUUGAAGGUAAACUGUGGAGGUAUGUAGCGAUUUCUUAGUUUGGGUCCCAUCCAGAGUUAGUGACAGUGACGAUGUAGAUUACAAAUGCCUCCACACAAAAACAGGAAGAGAGAUUGAUACACUGCGGUGAAUGUACAUCAACAUCAAGCAGAUCAUCACAUUUGAGGAGCUGGAACCAGCAACAGUUUUCUUUAUUUGCAUGACAAUAUAUACGCAUCAGUACUUUAGUGUAUUCAGUUCAUCACUAAUUAAUUGUAAAUGGGAAACGUGCUAAAACAAUAAAUAAUUUGUGUACUAAAAGUGAUGAUUAACCUCAUGUUUGUCUGCAGUUGAGCAGAGUUGAGUUUUAUCUUUUCAUUACACCUUUAAUUUCCCGUUUUUGAUCAUUGGACUGUUUGACAGUCAGAUACGAUUGGUUGUAUGUGCACCUCGUACUGCAUGUGUCAAUGUGCAGUACGAGGUGUCUGUAUCAGUACUGUGCCACACAAAUUUCUUUUAAAACAAAUCAAUAAAAGUUGCACUGUUUACACUUGGA